AUGGCGGACACCGCUUCGACGUCGUCGUCUUCGGCGGCGUACCUUUCGGGACCCUUCCCCUCGGCUCGAGCACUGACCGAGAACGAUGUCACACCGUCAGUGCCACCCACUCGGUCAGAGGAGAAAUCUGCGCCUACGCAUCUCUACACGGAUCUGCCGCCUCAUCUGAUGCAGGCAGACAACACACCCGACUAUCUGCGGCUCAUCCUCAAUGCGGACGUCUACGAUCUAGUAAAGCAGACACCGCUACAGGCGGGAGUCAACCUGUCGUCCAAGUUGGGCUGUCAAGUGCUUCUCAAGCGCGAAGAUUUGCAGCCCGUGUUCAGCUUCAAGCUGCGUGGUGCGUUCAACAUGAUGCAGCAGCUCGAUUCGGAGCAAAAGUGGAAGGGGGUGAUCGCUUGUUCGGCUGGCAACCACGCGCAGGGUGUAGCUAUGGCGGGUGCGCAUCUCAAGAUCCCGUGUACGAUUGUGAUGCCCAAGGGUACACCGGAGAUCAAGACGGCGAAUGUCAAGAGGCUGGGUGCCAAAGUGGUGCUGUUCGGACAGGAUUUCGAUGAGGCCAAGGCAGAGUGUACGCGGCUGUCCAAGGCGUAUGGGUUGACGAUUAUCCCGCCGUUUGAUCAUCCUCGCGUGAUCGCAGGUCAGGGUACGAUCGCUGUCGAGAUCUGCCGUCAGACAGACAUGUCGCAAGUCGACGCUAUCUUCUGCUGCGUAGGUGGCGGAGGCUUGCUGGCCGGUGUGGCGGCUUACAUUAAACGCAUCGCUCCGCCGCAUGUCAAGGUGAUCGGUGUCGAGACGUUCGAUGCGGAUGCACUGGCUCAGUCGCUCGAAGCUGGACAUCGCGUUCUAUUGAAUGAAGUCGGGCUUUUCGCCGACGGUACCGCGGUGCGCAUCGUGGGCGAGGAAUGUUUCCGCAUCUGCCGCGAUACCGUCGACGGCGUGGUGCGUGUAACGAACGACGAAAUCUGCGCCGCUAUCAAGGACACGUUUGAAGACACACGCUCUAUCCCGGAACCGUCAGGUGCUCUCGCCGUCGCCGGUAUGAAGCGCUACAUUGCCGCGCACAAUCUGCAAGGCUCGGGCAAGAAAUUCGUCGCGCUCGUCUCGGGCGCCAACAUGAACUUUGGGCGCUUGCGCUUCGUUGCAGAACGUGCCGAGCUAGGCGAAAACAAAGAAGCGCUCUUGAGCGUCGAGAUCGCGGAAGAACCGGGCGCGUUCUUGAAGCUGCACAACCAUAUCAACCCGAGGAUGGUGACCGAAUUCAGUUAUCGAUACGGCGAUAGCAGCAAGGCACAGAUCUUACUGUCAUUCAUGCUGAACGGCACCAACGCGCGUGCUGCUAGCGCGAGCAGCGAAUCGCAAUCGCAUGCGAGCGGCGCCGUACCUGUACCUGAAGUGGUGACGAAUACGGCCUCGACUGGUGAUGCGUCGAUCUCGUCGUCAAGCGCAUCGAUCGAUACAGAUGUGAACCAGCUCGCUCAGUCGGUGGCGCCAUCGACACUGUCGACGUCGAGCGAACUCGCGUCGAUCCUUGCCGCUCUCACUGCGGACGGCAUGACACCGAUCGACCUGUCAGGCGACGAAGUGUCCAAGUCGCACCUCCGCUACCUCGUCGGCGGCAAGACGAGCGUCGCCAACGAACGCAUUUUCCGCUUCGAGUUUCCGGAACGUCCCGGUGCGCUGCGCAAGUUCUUGGUCGGAAUGCAGAGCGGCUGGAACAUCAGCUUGUUCCAUUACCGAAACCACGGUGCUGACAUGGGCAAGAUCUUGCUAGGCAUCCAAGCGCCGAAACAAGAUGAGAUCAAGUUUGAAACCUUCCUCAAGGAGCUCGGAUACCAGUAUCAUGAAGAGACCAACAACCCUGUGCUGAGGAGAUAUCUCGCACAAUAA